CGCGAAAGUGCUAUCUAUAUUUCGUUGAUUGAUUCCACAAACGUGGACAAGCAGAGCGGAUCAAUGCUGCGCAUGCUGGCGCAUGUGAGAUGACGGCACGUGAGAUGCUGUGUUCUGUCAUCUCUGUCUUCUCGUCCUUUACUCGUUAUCAUCGCUCUUGUCGCUAGUUUGUCAGGCAAGGACGGCUAAACGGUGUGAGCAUUCGCACGCAAAAUGAAAGAUCACGAUGGAGCAGCUCAUCAAAAAAAGCCUACAAAGCUCAGGAAUCUCGCGGAUAAAACGGAGGCAUUUGAUUCCUUGCAUGUGAAAAAUUCAGAGAAAACUCUUUGCACGAAUCAAGCAUGUCUUGGUAGUGUGAUGCAAAUACCGACUCAUGGAACUGAGCCACGUACCAAAGAGGAAAUUCUGAUCCAGGCGAAAGACUUUCUGGAACAAUAUUUCACUUCCAUUCGAAGAUUAAACAGCGACGCUCAUCGCGCACGCUGGGAGAGCGUACAAAGAGAAGUGGUUUCCACUGGUACAUAUCAGUUGACGGAAACAGAAUUGGUUUUCGGCGCAAAAUUAGCUUGGCGAAACGCUGCAAGAUGCAUUGGUCGUAUACAGUGGUCCAAGUUGCAGGUUUUCGAUUGUCGCUAUGUUACAACCACGAGUGGCAUGUUUGAGGCUUUAUGCAACCACAUUAAGUACAGCACAAACAAAGGAAACAUCAGGUCUGCGAUAACAGUGUUUCCACAACGCACUGAUGGAAAACAUGAUUAUAGAGUAUGGAAUCAUCAAUUGAUUAAUUAUGCAGGAUACAAAAAUCCAGAUGGCACUAUUCUUGGCGACCCUGCUAAUGUUGAAUUUACAGAGGUUUGCAUUAAAUUAGGAUGGAAAGGUGCGCGGACCAGAUUUGAUAUACUCCCGUUGGUUCUAUCUGCCAAUGGACACGAUCCGGAUUAUUUUGACAUUCCCAGCGAUCUGGUACUCGAAGUAUCUCUCAGUCAUCCCACGUACAAUUGGUUUGAAAAGCUGGGCCUGAAGUGGUUCGCUGUCCCGGCCGUAUCCGGGAUGGUUUUCGAUUGCGGAGGUUUAGUUUUCACCGCGGCACCUUUCAACGGCUGGUACAUGAGCACGGAAAUCGGCUCCAGAGAUUUAUGCGAUGCGCAACGAUACAAUAUGCUCGAGACAAUAGCGUCGAACAUGGGUCUGGACACAAGGACGUCCACGUCAUUGUGGAAAGAUAAAGCUAUGAUAGAAGCCAACGUCGCGGUGCUGCAUAGCUUUCAGAUGAAAAACGUGACAAUCGUGGACCACCAUACAGCUUCGGAAUCCUUUAUGAAACAUUACGAAAACGAGAUGCGUCUGCGAAACGGCUGUCCCGCAGAUUGGCUGUGGAUUGUGCCGCCAAUAUCUGGCUCCGCCACGCCGGUGUUUCACCAGGAAAUGGCGCUCUAUUAUUUGAAGCCCUCUUACGAAGCCCAGGAUCCAGCAUGGAAGACUCACAUAUGGAAGAAGGGGCGCGACAAGAAAGCGACGACAAAGAAACCAAGACGGAAGUUCCACUUCAAGCAGAUCGCGAGAGCGGUGAAAUUCACGUCUAAACUGUUCGGACGUGCGUUGUCCCGUCGAAUAAAAGCAACCGUGCUGUUCGCCACGGAAACUGGCACUUCCCAGAUGUACGCGGAGAAGUUGGGUGAACUGCUGGGUCAUGCUUUUCACUCUCAGGUACUUUCAAUGGCGGAAUACGAUAUCAGCAACAUAGAACACGAGGCUCUACUGCUAGUGGUGACUUCCACCUUCGGAAACGGCGAUCCGCCGGAAAACGGGGAGGUCUUCGCCCAGAGUUUGUACGCGAUGAAGAUGAACGAUACUUACAUAAACAGCGAGAAUAAAAUAAGCUUAGCGACAUCCAAGUCGUUCAUCAAGGCUAACAGUCAAACGGAAGUGGGCGGAUCGAAGAAGUUGGACAGAUUAGAUUCAUUGCGCGGUUCCACAACGGACUCGCAGACCGAGGACACCUUCGGUCCUCUCAGCAACGUUCGAUUCGCCGUAUUUGCACUGGGCUCGUCCGCUUAUCCGAAUUUCUGCGCAUUCGGCCGUUACGUCGACAACUUGCUGGGCGAAUUGGGCGGAGAGCGGCUGGCGCGCCUGGCCCAAGGUGACGAGAUGUGCGGACAGGAGCAAACCUUUCGCAAAUGGGCAGCUGACACUUUCGCCAUUGCGUGCGAAACAUUCUGCUUGGACGACGACGACACAUUACUGGAAGUGGCCCUGUCUUUGGGCUCUGAAGCGCUGUCUGCUGCCACGGUCCGCUUUGUGGAAGCUGAACCUCAGCCGAUUGUCAAAGCAUUGAGCAAAUGCCACAACAGAAAUGUGACGAUGUGCAAUAUGCUUCGAAGAAGCAACCUGAGCGGUGACGAGUUGAGUGGAACAACAUUGCUCCUGGAGCUGGACGACAUAGUGGGCAUGGAUAUCUCUUACAAGCCUGGGGAUCACUUGGGUGUAUUUGCAUGCAAUCGAGUGGAACUUGUGGAAAAGAUCCUGCAGCGUGUGCAGUCCACUUUUGAUGCCGAUGCACCAAUCGAGCUGCAAAUGCAGAAACAAGCGCACACUCCUAACGGCAUUGUAAAAACAUGGAUACCUCAUGACAGAUAUUUACCAAACUCCUUCAGAAUGCUGUUAACUCGAUUUCUGGACAUCACGACUCCACCUACGCCGAAUCUCUUGAGAUAUUUCGCAUCGAUAGCUUCGAACGCAAAAGAACGGACGCAACUUGAUCUUCUGGCCUCUGAUCCAGCGGCUUAUGAGGACUGGAGACACUGGAAGUUCCCCAAUCUGGCUGAAGUUCUGGAUGAAUUUCCAUCUGUAACUCCGUUUGCUCCGUUGCUUUUGCUUCAUCUAACACCUUUGCAGCCGAGAUUUUACAGUAUCUCAUCAUCUCCACUCGUACUUCGAGGACAAAUACACCUUACAGUUGCAGUGGUACAAUACCAAACGCAAGGCGGUUCCGGACCGGUGCAUUAUGGUGUUUGCUCCAAUUAUCUGCGGGAAAUAUCCGAAGGUGAACUACUAUAUGUAUUUGUUCGAAGCGCACCAAACUUUUACAUGCCGAUGGAAACUAAAUCGCCAAUAAUAUUGGUUGGACCGGGCACUGGAAUUGCUCCCUUCCGUGGCUUCUGGCAUCAUCGAUUCGCUCAGAUGAAACUUCAGCAAAAUCAAAUGUUUGGUAAGAUAUGGCUGUUCUUUGGCUGCCGUCAAAAGACUUUGGAUCUAUACAGACAAGAAAAGAAGGAAAUGUUAGAGGCUGGUGUCUUGGAUAAGGUGUUUUUAGCACUAUCCCGAGAGCCUGGUCUCAAGAAGACUUAUGUGCAAGAUUUGAUCCAAGCAGAAGCGUCUCAGAUUUACGCAAUGGUAGUAUAUGAACGCGGCCACUUUUAUGUUUGCGGAGACUGCACAAUGGCGGAAGAUGUUUAUCAGACUUUGAAGCAAAUCAUACAAACGCAUGGCAAUAUGACGGACAAAGAAGUUGAAGCGUAUAUGUUGACACUCAGGGAUGAGAAUCGCUACCAUGAAGAUAUAUUUGGUAUAACAUUACGCACGGCCGAGGUACAUAAUCGAUCACGGGAAACAGCCAGAAUUCGAAUGGCUGCCGAACCAUGAAUAUACCAGACCAAUAAAGAAUGGU